AUGGGAUGCAGUUUGUGCACUCUACAGAAGCAAGAAGAACAGUACAAGUUACUGUAUGAAGUUUGUCAGGUCAAUGGGAAGGAUUUAUCGAAAGCAACACACGAGCAGGCAGUGGAAGCAUUCAAAACAGCCAAGGAGCCCAUUGUGGUGCAGGUCCUGAGAAGAACCCCACGCACCAAGGUCUUCACUCCUCCUCACGACUCUCAGCUGGUGGAUGUGGGCACACAGACAGAUAUCACUUUUGAACACAUCAUGGCUCUCAGCAAGAUGGGCUCACCUACUCCCCCCGUCUCUGUGCUAGACCCGUACCUCCUACCCGAAGACUGCUACAUUCUCCAUCCAUCAGUACACGAAUACUAUGACCCAAAUGACUACAUGGGAGGAAUUCAUCAAGAAAUGGACCGAGAUGAGUUGGAAUUAGAGGAAGUAGAUUUACAUAGAGUGAACAGCCAGGACAAGCUUGGCCUUACUGUAUGUUACAGAACAGAUGAUGAAGAUGACAUGGGUAUUUAUGUGAGUGAGAUUGAUCCCAACAGUAUUGCUGCAAAAGACGGUCGACUCCGAGAAGGGGAUCGCAUUAUUCAGAUCAAUGGCAUAGAGGUACAGAACCGAGAAGAAGCUGUGGCACUUCUCACCAGUGAAGAGAGCAAGAAUAUCUCCUUACUUGUUGCAAGACCAGAAAUUCAGCUGGAUGAAGGAUGGAUGGAUGAUGACAGAAAUGAUUUUCUGGAUGACUUGCACAUGGACAUGUUAGAGGAACAGCACCACCAGGCAAUGCAAUUUACUGCCAGCAUGCUUCAGCAGAAGAAGCAUGAGGAGGAUGGAGGUACCACAGAUACAGCCACUAUUUUAUCUAACCAGCACGAGAAGGACAGCGGCGUGGGGCGCACAGACGACAGCACUCGCAACGAUGAGAGCUCCGAGCAGGAGAACAACGCAGAUGAUCACACCACCUCCUCCAACACUUUAGGGAGCCAGAAGCAGCUGACAUACAGUCAUGACACCCUAGGAAGCGGCGAUAUGCAGUUCAGCAACGAAUCAUUUAUCUCGGCCGACUGCACAGACGUCGACUUCCUUGGCAUCCCCGUAGACGAAUGCGAGCGAUUCCGGGAACUGCUGGAACUGAAGUGCCAGGUGAAGUCUGCCAACCCUUACAGUCUGUAUUAUCAUAACAGCACGCUGGAUAUGAGCAAGAGCGACCAAGAAAGCGUGGACAGAGAGCUGGAGAUGCUGAAUGAGGAGCUGCGCAAUAUCGAGCUAGAGUGCCUGAAUAUCGUCAGAGCUCAUAAAAUGCAGCAGCUGAAAGAUCAGUACCGGGAGCCCUGGAUGCUACACAACAGCGGGUUCCGCAACUAUAACACAAGCAUCGACGUUCGCAGGCACGAGCUCUCAGACAUUACGGAGCUCCCCGAGAAGUCUGACAAGGAUAGCUCAAGUGCAUAUAACACAGGCGAAAGCUGCCGAAGCACACCACUCACGCUGGAGAUUUCCCCUGACAAUUCGCUGCGCAGAACUGCAGAAGGCAUUAACUGUCAAGGUAAUGAGGGGGCAGUGGCAUAUAAUGUCUCCCAAAAGAAUUUAUUUGCUAGCUCAGAAAGUCAUGAAUCCAGCACUGGUAAAUGCCAUGCCUCUGCUAAAGAUCCCGACCUUGGCAAGCAGCUGGAAAGCAAGGAGAAAAAAGCCGGCGAUGGAAGCAAAAGCCCUACUCAUGGUCAAAAACCUUCGGGCUCCUAUGUCUCCCCGUACCACCACUCUCCAUACAAGCAUGCUCAUAUUCCUGCCCACGCACAGCACUAUCAGAGCUACAUGCAGCUGAUCCAGCAGAAAUCAGCGGUGGAGUACGCACAGAGCCAAAUGAGUCUGGUGAGUAUGUGCAAAGACUUUAAUUCGAGCCAGAGCGAACCGAGGAUGGAGUGGAAAGUCAAGGUCAGAAGCGAUGGGACCCGGUACAUUACCAAGAGGCCGGUGAGGGACAGGCUGCUGAGGGAACGUGCCAUAAAGAUUAAGGAGGAGCGCAGCGGUAUGACUACCGAUGACGAUGCCAUAAGUGAAAUGAAGAUAGAGCGGAAGCAGCAUUUAGUGAAAGCGAAGGAGCAGAGGAGGCGGCGUGAGUUUAUGAUGCAGAGCAGGUUGGAUUGCUUAAAGGAACAGCAAGGUGCAGAAGAAAAGAAAGAGAUGAAUAUCAUUGAACUGAGCCACAAAAAAAUGAUGAAGAAGAGAAAUAAAAAAAUAUUUGACAAUUGGAUGACAAUCCAAGAACUGCUAACCCACGGAACAAAGUCACCAGACGGCACACGGGUGUACAAUUCCUUCCUGUCAGUGACUACUGUAUAAUCACCAUUGCUAAAUUAU